GUGAGAAAGAAAAUCUAAUUGCAAAGUUAUUAAAUAAAAUAUAAAUAAUAGUGCGAAAUGUUUCAACCAUCCAAACAACAAAUACUAAGGCUCUACAAGCAUCUUAUACGUUACGGUAAUCAAUUGCAAUUAACAGAUAAAAACUACUUCCUUGGUCGCAUAAGACUUGAGUUCAAAGAAGGGCGUGAAUUACGCGAUCCCGCUCAGAUUGAAUUUAAUUUUAAGCGUGGUGAAACGCUUUUACGGAAAGGACGCAUCGUCUAACCCACAUAGUAACAACACAAUGUUACAACGCCUCACGGGAGUGCUUGCGGCUCGCAAUAGCAUAUGGCAUGUUGGUUGCGAAAUUUCGGUGCUUUCCUGUCGCUUCAAAAGUGUUAAUAGCAAAGUAGACUACUCCAAAUAUCCUAAAUUGAAUGAAAACGAAUUGGAAGAAGAUUUUAUGCGUGGCAGUGGUCCAGGCGGUCAGUCUGUAAAUAAAACUUCCAAUUGUGUGUUCUUGCGUCAUAUUCCAACGAACUUAACGGUAAAAUGCCAUACACAUCGUUUGGCAUCCAAAAAUCGCGUAGAAGCACGUAAACUUUUAUUAGAAAAGUUAGAUGCACAUUUCAAUGGCGAGAAUGCGGUUGCUGCGCAGCUAAAAGUACUCGAGUCGAAAAAGUCAGUUGAACGUAAACGCAGACAGCAGAAAUUAAAAGAAUUGAAAAAGAAUUGGAAGGAGCGUGAGCAAGUACUUAGUGAAGGUAAUGAUAAGACCACAAACUGAAAUACUUUACUUAUUUUUAUUAUUAAGUUUUCAAUAAAAUUGUUUGCAAUUUUUAAAAUUUUAUACGAGAAUUGUAAAGCUACCAACCAGAAAA